UUGAGCCAAUCUCUAGGGCAACUCUGACAGAGUGAGAGAGCAUCGGACCCUAAUGGGGAAGCAGGUAGGGAGAGCCCCAGGCCUGCCUGAAUCGUUGUUCUGCCCGUGCUACAGAGUAGCCACAAAGCCCCUUCCUCGCUACAUGACCCCAUGAACUCAAACCUGGAAAUGGUGUCCACCUUACGCUGCACAUGAGGAGCAUUCUUUUCCACCCACUGGGUGUAGGCCUAGACCUGCAUCGACUUCAUCCUGUCCUGGUUACCAAGUCCAAAAGAGCAGCUCUGGUCCUUCAUCACUUUGGAGUUCAGUCUGACUACAAAGAACGGACAAGGGCUGAGGCGGAUGAGCCAGGACCCGGGCAGCUCCGGAGAUCGCUUGGUGUAGCAAGCGUGGCUACUCUGCUGUGCUGACUCCUUAGAGCAUCAGGGGAUGGCUCCUUCUUGAAGCCUUCCCUGACCUUAGCCUAGCCGUGUCAGGGACGGUCCUCUCUGGGGUGUUCGCACUGCUCAGGUCCAUUCCACAGUGGACUAGCUGGGAGGAAAGGCUCAGCUCUGAGACCAGCUCUCCCCUGCUUGAUGCUGCUCACGUUCCGGCUGUUAAGAUAGAUUGGAUGGCCCUCCUCGAGGCGCUGUGACCAUCAGAGAGAACAUAAUGAAUGCGGAGCCAGGCAUUGAGGACAGUGGCAGCCCUCUUCUCCCAGGAACACCUAUUUUCAGUCUAGACCUAGCAGGCACCAGUGACGUAGAAGGCUAAGUACCUUGAAAAGGCAGCGGCUUUGGGCAGAGCCAUGAGGCACCAGAUCCUGCUACUCCUGGCCAUGCUGACCCUGGGCCUGGCUAUCUCUCAGCGUCGAGACCAAGUGCCCUGUAGGACGGUGAACAAGGAGGCCUUGUGCCGCGGCCUUGGCCUGCUGCAGGUCCCCUCGAUGCUCUCAUUGGACAUCCAAGCUCUCUACUUGUCCAGGAACCAGUUGCAGAGCAUCCUGGCCUCCCCGUUAGGCUUCUAUACAGCACUUCGUCACCUGGAUUUAAGUGACAACGAGAUUAGCUUCCUCCAGCCCGGGGUCUUCCAGGCCCUGCCCUACCUGGAGCACCUCAACCUGGCCCACAAUCGGCUGGCCAUGGGUAUGACACUGAACAGUGGCGGUCUGGGCCGCCUGCCCCUCGUGGUCUCCUUGGACCUGUCUGGGAACAGCCUGCAUGGCAGUUUGGUGGAGCGGCUGUUGGGUGAGGCCCCGAGACUGCGCACGCUCUCACUGGCAGAGAACAGCCUCACUCGCCUGGCACGCCACACCUUCUGGGGUGUGCCAGCAGUGGAGCUACUGGACCUCCACAGCAAUGUUCUCAUGGAGAUUGAGGAUGGUGCCUUCGAGGCCCUGCCCCACCUGACUCACCUCAAUCUCUCCAGGAACUCCCUCACCUGCAUCUCAGACUUCAGCCUCCAGCACCUGCAGGUACUUGACCUGAGCUGCAACAGCAUUGAGGCCUUCCAGACGGCCCCGGAACCACAGGCCCAGUUCCAGCUGGCCUGGCUCGACCUCCGAGAAAACAAGCUGCUCCAUUUCCCUGACCUAGCCGCGUUCCCGAGACUCAUCUACCUGAAUGUGUCUAACAACCUCAUCCAGCUCCCUGCGGGGCUGCCCCAGGGCAGUGAGGACCUCCAUGCACGCUCUGAAGGCUGGUCAGCCUCUCCACUGUCCAACCCUAGCCGGAAUGCCAGCACCCACCCCCUCUCCCAGCUCCGGAACCUGGAUCUGAGUUACAAUGAAAUCGAACUGGUCCCUGCUAGCUUUCUUCAGCAUCUGACCUCCCUGCGCUUCCUCAACCUCAGCAGAAACUGUCUGCGAUCCUUUGAGGCUCAGAGAGGGGCCUCCCUGCCCUGCCUGGUGCUUUUGGACUUGAGUCACAAUGUGCUAGAAACAUUAGAACUGGGGACCAAAGUCCUGGGGUCCCUGAAGACAUUGCUUCUACAGGACAAUGCCUUGCGAGAACUUCCACCCUAUACCUUUGCCAGCCUGGCCAGCCUACAGAGACUCAACCUGCAGGGAAACCAGGUCAGUCCCUGUGGGGGACGAACGGAGCCUGGUCCCCCAGGCUGUGUGGACUUCUCUGGGAUCUCCACUCUUCAUGUUCUUAAUAUGGCAGGGAACUCGAUGGGAACGCUCAGGGCAGGCAGCUUCCUCCAUACUCCACUCACUGAACUGGACCUCUCUGCCAAUCCUGGUCUAGACGUGGCCACAGGGGCCUUGGUGGGCCUGGAGGCAUCCUUGGAGGUGCUGGAGCUCCAAGGCAACGGGCUCCUUGUCUUGAAAGUGGACUUGCCCUGCUUCCGUCACCUCAAGCGCCUUAACCUGGCUGAGAACCGCUUAAGCCAGCUGCCUGCUUGGACACGGGCUGUGUCCCUAGAGGUGUUGGACCUGCGCAACAACAGCUUCAGCCUCUUGCCAGGCAAUGCCAUGGGUGGCCUGGAGACCAGCCUCCGGCGGCUGUACUUGCAGGGAAAUCCGCUCAGCUGCUGCGGCAAUGGCUGGCUGGCGGCCCAGUUGCACCAGGGCCGAGUGGAUGUGGAUGCUACUCAGGACCUAAUCUGUCGCUUUGGCUCCCAGGAGGAGGUGGCCCUGAGCCUAGUGCGUCCAGAGGAUUGUGAGAAGGGAGGGCUGAAGAAUGUCAACCUCAUCCUCAUCCUCAGCUUCACACUGGGCGCUGCCAUCGCCCUGGCCGUGCUGGCCACCUGCUGCUUCCUCCGCAGGCAGAAACUCAGCCAACAGUACAAAGCCUGACUGGCUGGGCAGCCUCUUCCGGCUCCCAGAGGGGCAGAGAGGUUGGGUCCAACUCAGGUUACACAGUGACCAGGGACUCGGUGUCCUGCACACUGCCACAUGGGCAGGUUCCUCCCCAGGCGGCAUAUGUGGUCCAGCUGUGGUCCAGCUGUGGAGCUCAAAGUGGAGCAGCUUACUGCACAGAGGAUGCCGGCAGCUCUGCUGAGCAUCUGUUUCACGCCACACCCAUCUCCGGGCACUAGUAAAUGAAACACGCGCCUAUCCUCUGGCAAGAGAGGCUGUCACAACCUCACAGUGACCACACAGAAUGCUGGGGUUGAUGUGGGGAGGUAGUGAGCCUCCAGGCCCUGCAGUCCCCAGCUGGUCAUGGAGAACCCACCCUGACUGACCGUGUUAGAUCAAGGGAGCCAAUCCAUGAGAGGAUUUAUCUGAGUCCCUUCCACCCAGAGCUCUGUCGCAUCUGCUGAUAAUGACUUUCAGCCUCUCUGGAAAUGAAGAACUCGUGACCUGGAGAGAGAGCCAGAACCACCCCCAGAACUCUUAAAUCUAGGCUCCUAGGCUAGAUUGUGCAGCUCCAGCUGAACCAGCUUAAAGUGCGGUCACCUAGGCUCCCACACAGGCCGGGCCGUCCCUGUCCGGCCUUGGACAAGCCUUUGUCUCCAGUGCACUCUUGUAUCACACACACUGACCCUGGUGCUGCCUAUUCCCCAAACUCCUGCUCGGGCCUCCUUCCACCCCAGCCCCACCCUGGCUUUUGAGCCAAGACGGAGAGCCUCAGCUAUCUGGCUGUGUUUUGUGCUCAGCUUAGCAGCUGCAGAGGCGAAUUCAAGCCAGCUCCCAGAGCUCUCUAUGCUAUCUGGGUUACACACAAGGAAAAACAAGGUUCCUUGCAUGUCUCCUUUGAGAGCCUCGUGGCUGAGAGAGAUGCCAAGGCCAAAACCGAAUCAAGUCCGUGUCCUCCCAUCUGUGGGGCCAAAGCUUUGCCAGUGCAGUGCCUGCAGGCUGUCAAGUAGACAGGAAGUGGCCCCGCCCUAAGCAGGAUCCAGGCACACUUGCUGCACAUCCCCACUCCCUCUGAGACAGGCACCCACAGACCCUCUGCCUCCCCGCCUCAGUGUCCCUUCUCUGCAGAAGAGUAUGAGUUCUUCUUUUCUCUUCUGGCUCCCCAAAUCCCAUUCCUGGAGUUUGAAACCAUUGAGUGUAAUCUCCCCACUGAACAAACAGAGAGACUUAGGUACAGGGCCUUGCUCAGAAUCACACAAGUCAAUGGAGGAAACUGGGGGGGAGAAAAGCGACCAUUGCACGGUGACAGAGCGUUCGCUCUGUGUGCUCAAGGCCCUGAGCUAGAUGCCCACAGCUGUACCUGUGUCCCUACACUCAGCAGUCACAGCACGAGGCAAGGCCAGCCAUCAUGCCAGUCCUCGCCAGGCAUGGGAAGUAAGAGGGAAGAUGCCCCCACCCACUCCCCCUUCCCCCGACUCUCCCCUCAUUCUCCAGACCCAUGGGCUGCAGGGGUUCCCUGUGCUCAGCCUACAGUCUGCCAGAGCAUCAGUAAUGCAUAAGAUGAGGAGAACGCCAUUCUCUCUGCCUCAUUCUACAGGUGAGGGAACUGAGGCCCGGAGAAGGUUAAAGGCUCGGAGAACCAGUGGGCAGAUCCAGGGCUAGAACCCUCACUGGGGCAGCUCAUGGGGACUAGGUGCUGCUGCACACGGCUCUCCUCGGCCUGGAGGCCAAGGCAUGGGCUGUGCCGAGCUCUGAAAACACUAUAUGAUUGCUGCUCUCCGCUCCAGGCCUGGCCUCUCCAGGCCCUGGGGCCCGCCCGCUCUUUGUAUAACUCACAUGAAUGUAUUAAAGUAUAAUUUUGGAGAAAC